UGCUGGUAGAGAGGGGAAAGGGAGACUAGUCUGCAUUUAGUGUGAAUUUUUGUGAAGCAGUGAAAAGCAGAGUAGUGCAUAUGAAGAAGCAAGGAUCAACCCGUUUCCUGAUGUGGGUUAUGAUUUGUGUUCACGUUUAUCUGGUCAUUGCAGCUGUGUCAUUGUCGGAGUCCAAUGACUCCACUUCUGUGUGCAAUGGCUCUGUAGAGGACUGCCACCACUUGGACUCACAGCUUCCCACCGUCUCCAGCUCCCACUUCCGCAGAAUACUUGCUGCUGGACCCAAUGGCCAGAAGACGGCAGGUACACCAAAUCCUAAUGAGGCCGCCGUAAUGUGUCCGAGUGUUACAAAUUACCAAUCAUGUCUGCCGCCGAUAACUGGUCAAAGAGUAAAUUGUGGUCAGUUCAACCGGGGAUGUUAAGGUUGUGAUUGAGUGGGUAAAACUAUUUAGAAUAACGAUAUUAUGACUUUCUUUCGUCCCUCUGCUGUUGUUGUGCUACGUCUUAUUAUUGGCCAUAUGUUUUCGUUAUAUAUAUCUACAAUAACUCCAUCUCCCGAACUCAAUAAAUUCCGGGAAAGAUAGAGAUG